AUGGACUCAUCCACCGAGUCUAUCUCACGUAUCAACAAUGCCUGCUUUGAAGCAGUGGUUGUCACCAAUACGAUCCCUCAGGAGGAGAAGAUGAAACACUGUCCCAAAAUUCAGGUCAUUGACAUCUCCAUGAUCCUUGCAGAGGCCCUCCGUAGAACUCACAACGGCGAGUCGGUGUCGUACCUGUUCAGCCAUGUCCCCUUGUAACAAGUGG